AUGGCUGCGGCAGUGGCGACAGCAGCUGAGCUUGGAGCCACUAGGGUUGCGUUCGAGACGGACCCAGAGCUGCUUGCUGAUGCCUUGGAUAUCCAGAAAGCAGACUCAUCACCAUAUGCAGCGAUCAUUGAAGAUAUCAAGUUCCAGCUCAAGUUGUGGUUCUCCAAAUGGCAUGUGGAGUCGCGUGCGAUUUCGAGGUACGUGCUCCGCAAAGGCGCAUCCGAUCUUCUAAGGGAGGGCAGCCUCGCCGAGUCAGCGACGGUGGACGCGUGGCUCGACGCCGAGUCCCACAACUUCGACAGGGCCAUGUCGGUGAUCACCUUCCAGUGCUUUGUCGUGCCCAUGUUCAUGGGCGAGACGACUGACCACAAAAUCGUCGAGGAGAACCUGGAGAAGCUUAAGGUGGCCCUCGGAGUCUACGAGGAGCGUCUGUCCAGGUCCCGGUACCUGGCCGGAGAUUUCAUCAGCCUGGCGGACCUCAGCCAUUGCCCCAUGGCUCACUACCUGCUGGCCAGCCCCUGCGCGUCCGUCCUCGAUGCGUAUCCGCGUAUGAAGGCCUGGGUUGAUGGGAUGAUGGAUCGGCCGAGUGUGGAGAAGGUCAUGGAGCUUAUGGAUGCGUCGUGA